CUAGAAAAGAUUGAUAUUCUGUGGAUGAGAUUCAAAUAACACUGAUUUAUUUAUGUAUUUAUUAUUAUUAUAAAUUAUUCAAAAUAUAUCCAAAUGUCCCAAUCAGAAGAUUCUACAGAGAAAGAGUUCUGCGUGGAGAUAGCAAAACAGGGUCGAGCAACUUGCAAGAAAUGUAAACAAAAAUGCCAGAAAGAUGAAGUUCGAAUAGCAAAAUUGGUGCAUAAUCCCUUUGGUGAGGGAAAAAUGAAAAAUUGGCAUCAUGUAGAAUGUUUAUUCGAGGUUUUUCUUAAGCAGAGACCUACAACUAAAAGAAUUGAAUCGAGUGAUGAUAUUGAUGGUUUUGAUACGUUGCCAUCAGAUGCACAAGACAUCUUAUUAAAGAGAAUAGAAACCUCUAACAGAGAUAUUAGGGAAAAAUAUGGUGCCAAAGUGGAUAUUCCAAAAAAGCCAAAACCAGUAGAAAAGAAAAAUUCAGAAGUAUCAAAUGUAUCUUUGAUUGCAGUUCCACAAACAAGGCCUUAUCCGUUCAAGGAUUUUAGAAGACUAGUUGCACAAAUUACUAAUGUAAAUGGCUAUUUAGAGAAGACUGAAAUAGUAAGUAAUCUAUUUAAAAAAGGAACCGAUGGAAAUGGCUUUCAUGGGGAUAUUCAUUUAUGGUGUAGACUUCUUUUACCCGGAGUACUGAAACGUAUUUAUAACCUACAGAGUAAACAGUUAGUGAAAAUAUUUAGUCGACUUUUCAAAACAAAUCAAACCAGUAUGCUUGAGCAUUUGGAACAAGGAGAUAUUGGUGAAACUAUUCAGCAAUUCUAUGAGGCAAGUUCCGCUAUUAGACCUGCAAAGAAGAGUAAUCUAACAGUGGAAGAGGUUGAUGUAUUCUUAGAAGAGCUCAGCAAACUAACUAAAGAAGAAGAACAGAUAGCACAUUUUCUCAGCAUUUUAAAAAGUUGCACUUCAAAUGAUUUAAAAAUAAUAAUACGGCUAAUAAAGCAUGAUUUGAGAAUGAAUGCUGGUGCCAAACAUAUUCUAGAAGGGGUACAUCCUGAUGCGUACACAGCUUAUCAGUCAUCAAGAGAUUUAGGAGCUGUCUUGGAAAAAUGUUUAUCAAAUGAAGGAAAACCCUUGAAUGCCACGAAAGGAGUUUCGGCCAAUAUUAAUGUCAUGACCCCUGUUUUACCUAUGUUAGCCGAAGCUUGUAAAUCUGUUGAAAUGGCAAUGGACAAGUGUCCCAAUGGAAUGUAUUCUGAGAUAAAAUAUGACGGGGAAAGGGUUCAAGUUCACAAGAAAGGCUCAGAAUUCAAAUAUUUCUCAAGAAGUUUGAAACCUGUAAUGCAACAUAAAAUAGCACACUUCAAAGAUUACAUUCCUAAAGCGUUUGUUUCGGGUAAUGAUUUAAUAUUAGACAGUGAAAUAUUAAUGAUUGACAUAGAAACGCAAGCACCAUUGCCAUUUGGUAGUUUAGGUAAACACAAACGGGAUGAAUAUGAAAAUGCUAGUGUUUGCUUAUAUAUUUUCGAUUGCCUCUAUUAUAAUGGUGAAGAUUUAACAAAAAGACCUAUUGAUUAUAGGAAAAAAAUACUUCGUGAGAAUAUGACCGAAGUUAAGAAUCAUAUUGUGUUUUCUGAGAGUAAAAUUGUGAAGAAACCAUCGGAAUUGAAGGAAAUGAUGAUAAAAGUUUUCAAAUUGGGUUUGGAAGGUUUAGUUUUGAAGGAUUUGAAAAGUAUUUAUGAACCUGGUAAGAGACAUUGGUUAAAAGUGAAGAAAGACUACCUCUUCGAUGGAGCAAUGGCAGAUACUGCAGAUUUAAUUGUACUUGGGGCUUGGUAUGGGACAGGAAAAAAAGGUGGCAAAAUGUCAGUUUUUUUGAUGGGCUGUUACGAUGAAAAAAGAGGAAAAUUUUACACAGUCACCAAAGUACAUACAGGGCUCGAUGAUAAAACUCUGGAUGAUUUGCAAAAUAAAUUAGAUAUGAUUAAAAUCAGUUCAAAUCCUUCUAAGGUUCCCGAUUGGCUUGUAUGCAAUCGACCAAUGGUACCAGAUUUCGUUGCUAAAGAUCCCAUGAAACAACCAGUAUGGGAGAUAACAGGUGCUGAAUUUACUCAGCACGAAGUACAUACAGCAGACGGUAUAUCUAUCCGAUUCCCGAGAAUCACAAAAAUGAGAGACGAUAAGGAUUGGAAAACUGCCACGUCUCUGCAAGAGCUAAAGAAAUUAUAUGAGAAAUCCAAGGAACACACUGAUGUAACACUCCUACUGAAAGGUGAUGAAAGUAGCAGUAUCCAUGGUUUUGAACCAUUAGAAAAAUCAACUGAUGACUUGAACAACACAACGGAGAGUGAUCGAAGUUCAAGGAGUAACAGUAGUAGCAAAGAAUUAAAUAAUAAAAAAAAACACAAAGAUAGAUCAGAAGCAAAAAAGAAACGAAAAACUGAAGAGGGAAAUUUAAAUUCCACAAAUAACACAGUUUUUAAAGAGUCCCCUAAAAAAAGAAAACAUGAGGAAAGUCCCGAAAUAAAAAAGAAACAAAAAACUGAUCGAAACAUCAGAAAAGAUAAAGAAGAAAAUAACUGUUCACCAUAUUUCCAAGGAGUAAGGCUAUACUUGGAGGAAGAAGUUGAGAAUCUAUUCAAAAAUUGGGAUAAAAAUUUUUCAUGGUAUGGUGGAGUGUUAUUGAAGUCGAACGAGAGCCAUAAGGCAACCCAUGUUUUACACAUGAACAGAUUUGUCAAAGACAUCAAUAGGAGUUAUCCUACAGAGGCAAAACAUGUUUUAUUCAGUUGGAUUGAUGAUACCGUCAGAGAAAAUUGCUUACAAGAUUAUCGAUUAUAUUCUGUUAAAUGGAGACCCGAUCUUUGAUAAAAGUUGAGUAGUUUGUUGUGUGUGUUAAACAACAUGGAAAAGGAUUAAACUACUUAUAUUUCCGAUUCCAGUCCUACGUAAGACGACAUGAAACUGAAAUAAAGACAUUCAAUUCUCACAUGAAUUAUCAAGAGCUCUUCUAUAAGCCAAGUAUUGAAUUCAAUUAUUGGCAAUAUAUCGUUACUCAAGUUAUAAGCAGAGUGUAACAAAGUCCAGAAUUCUAGAUUAAAAACCAUCAAAGGUUAUUUCGCAACAUCUUAUAUAUUUGUUUUCAUUAUUGUUAUAAAAUUUGUUGAGUUUCAAUAUAGCAUAUUCUAACUUU